CCGGUGUGAGACAUUUUGUGGCCGUCCAUAAAUAUAAAAGAGAGAGAGAGAGAGAGAGAAAGAGAGGAGGAGACAUAUAGAAGAAGAAAAAAAGAGAGAAUGAGUUAUUCAACAUCAAGAAUUGGGUUGUGUUUGUUCCUCUUCUUCUCAUUUGCUCUCCUCGCUUCUGCUCGCAUGAGUCUUUCGUUUUCAUCAGAAAAUGAAAUGACUUCGACGGUGGUGCCAGAACGGUCUUUGAUGAUGAGCACCAACGACUACGGUGAGCCUUCAGCCAACGUUAGACACGAUCCACCGCGUGGCGGCAGAGGCCGCAGACGUUGAGAAUCUUAUAUUUUCUCAUAACUUCCCAAAUCCUCUUGCAAGCUUGCAAAUAAUCUAUAUAUAUAUAUAUAUAUAUAAUUAUAUAUGGAGACCAAUAAAAAAAAUUUCUUUUUCUUUUAUAUUUUAAACGAGUUAUAUAUCAAAGAGACCGUAUAUGUAAUAUAUAACACCUCGUUUUCAUUUGUGUUCUUCUACAUCGACGUCAACUUGUUAUUCUUACCUAGAUUAUAAGUUGUGCUACCUGUAAUUGUAUGUAUAAAAUUCCUUUUUUUUUUUUGGUCAAUGCCGUUGUACUUCACUCUAUUUUUAUGUAUUGAAAUUUUUGUGAA